GCCCGCUCUCACGUACGCGCGGCCGGGCGGGCAGGCACGGAGCCGCCGGCCGUCCCGCACCCGCGCACUUGCCGGAGAUGAGCCGCGCCGCGCUGCGGGUCUCCCGCCUCCUCCUCCUCCUCCUCCUCCUCUUUUCGACCGACUUGGGCCGCGCCGGUACCGAGCACGACCAGGAACACGACGACGAGGAUAGCCCGCACUCCCCGGAGAAAGGUCCUGGCCACAGUCACUGGAGCUAUGAAGACCAGGACUACUGGGGUCAGGACUACCCGGACUGCGCAGGCAACACGCAGUCACCCGUCAACAUCGACACGGCCAAGACCAUCUUCAGCCCCCAGCUGCGACCGAUCCAGCUGUCUGGCUACAGCCUGCCAGCCAGUGACAGGCUCAUGCUAAAGAAUAACGGGCACACAGUUGUCCUUGAGCUGCCCCAGUCUCUGGCCAUCACCGGCGGCUAUGCCCAGCAGUACCGAGCCGUGCAGCUGCAUCUGCACUGGGGCUCCUCGUCGGGACCCGGCUCAGAGCACACCAUCAAUGGGCACCGCUUUCCUGCAGAGAUCCACGUGGUCCACUACAACACCAAGUAUAACAGCUUUAAUGAGGCAAUGGUCCACCCAGAUGGCCUGGCUGUACUGGGAGCCUUCCUGGAGGUUGGGCCGAGGGAGAACCCAUACUACCAGGAAAUACUUGAGCAUCUGUCCAAGAUCCAAAAAGAAGAUGGGGGAGUCUUGGUGCCCGGAUUCAACAUCGCAGGUCUGCUGCCGGCCAACCUGAAACUCUACUUCCACUACAACGGCUCGCUGACCACCCCUCCCUGCUUCCAGUCAGUCAAGUGGACGGUCUUCAACCAGACUGUGCUGCUCUCUCAUAACCAGAUGUUAACGCUGGUGACGAGCCUGAGGAGUGGUGACAGCAAGCCUCUGCAGAACAAUUACCGGAUGGCGCAGGCCCUGCACAGGCGACGGGUGCUGGCGAGCUUCCAGACCACCCUCCUUUCGGAGAAGCACCUGCCUUCUGAUGGCGACGGUUCAGCAGGAGGAGAAAGACACUCCAGCUCUUCAUUUCACGCAGGGGAUGUGCUGGCCGUGCUCUUCGGGGUGCUCUUUGCCAUCACGGCGCUGGCCUUCCUGCUGUACAUCUACAAGCAUCGCAGCCAGAACGCACGGCUGGACUCACCGACCAAGUCCAAGGUCAUCUACACGGCAGCCACCACCGAGAACACUGCCUGAGCCCCACACCUCUGCGGGGGUCCCAGGCCUGCCACCCCACCUCCCCUCACUCCCACCCCACGCCGAGGGAGGGCCAGCACUCCAGCAUCCCUCGGCUGUAUAAGCUGCCCACAUGGACUGUUUGACAGGGGAUAUUUUUGUUAUAAAAAAAUGUAAAAAUGUACUGUCAGGAAAAAAAAAAAAAAAAAGUAAAAGCCUCCCAU